GCAAAACAGAGCAAUUAUUCUCACCAGUAAUCUCUCUUUCUAGAUAUAUUUACAUACACAAACACCUUUACUACUGGUGACCUUCAUCACCUUAAAGUUUUUUGUCUCUGUCUUGUAAUUGUACAUAUUUUCAGCCAUAGGUAUAGUUUUGCAACUUAAGUUGUUAGAUAAGAGAUCAUAGGGAUUAUUUUCCUCGUCAUUUCACUUAUGUAGCAUACCAAAAUGGUUUCAGCACAUUCAAUGGAAGAGGCAGAGCAUCUAUGUGAUCGAUUAGGAAUUUUCGUGGAUGGAAGCUUGCAAUGUAUAGGAAAUCCAAAAGAGCUUAAGGGUAGAUAUGGAGGCUCAUAUGUAUUUACAAUGACAACGUCGGCAAAUCAUGAGGAGGAGGUGGAGAACUUGGUACGACGUCUCUCCCCAAAUGCUAACAGAAUAUACCAAAUAUCCGGGACGCAGAAGUUUGAGCUGCCAAAAAAUGAGGUCAGAAUUGCAGAGGUUUUCCAAGCUGUUGAGAAGGCAAAGAGCAAGUUUACUGUUCAAGCGUGGGGUUUGGCGGACACAACUUUGGAGGAUGUCUUUAUCAAGGUCGCACGUAGUGCACAGGCAUUCAACGUUCUCUCAUGA